CAUGAAAAUGGAUGGAUCCCUCACUGGCGCUGCCCAUACAAGUUCGGCCUUUUGGCCACUAGAGGCCUCUAUCAUUCUUCAUGAUCCCAUACGCUCUCUAAUGCUGCAUCGUGCCUGUAUUGCUUACUGUCGAGUCGGUUCAAUUGUAAAGUCAAGAUGGCUUCUCGUUUGAAGGUCCUCAGAGUGUUCAAAGCACUGCACAGAACAAGAAUGGAGUUGUUCAAAGAAGAUACCAGAGCAUUGACAGCUGCAAGACGAAAGAUAAAUGAGGAAUUCAGGAAAAACAAAAAUGAGACUUCGGAGGAAAACAUCAGUCAGAUGAUUAAAAUGGCCGCUGGUGUGGAAGUGUUUCUUCGUCAAGAUGUCGUACAAGCCGAGCAUGUAGCUGAAGAUAGGAUUCAACUCCGACCUAGAGAGAGCCUUCUUCUGGAAAACGUACCGUACUGCGAUACACCUAGAAAAAGAUCUUCUUCCAACAAUGCACCAAAACAAAGUUGUAAUGAUGCACCAAUUACACGAUGUGAAUGACCAACAAUAACAGCUGAAGACUUUAUUUCUCACUCCUCUGGAAGAAUUUAAGUGUAAUUCGAGACAUCAAUUAUAGAACAGACAGUAUGUAAUUGUAUGAUGUGUGUGUGUGUGGGGGGGGGGGUUAAGAGUUUGUCAUACAAAUGUGGAAGCUGUAGAUUUGGCUUUGAAAGGUCAAAGGUGAAAUUCAUUGUAAAUUCAAUGCAUAUUAUUUUGUUUGCUGCUAUAUAUGUUGAUUUCUUGUUGAAUGAAUGACUGUUAAUGCCAUAACUGAGUUGUGUUAUAUGACUUUGAGAACAGUACCAGAUUUCGUAUCGUAAUACUCGAUACCAAAAAGAUACCAAGGGAAAAACAGAAUGUGUAUUAGCCAUUAGUCACGGAAUGGCACUUGAUCCAGACAAAUCUUUUGAGUUCAGAAUCAUUACAUUUGAAUUGUUAUAUAUGUUUUUAUGUAUGCAUUAAUUAAUCAACUACACUCAUACAAACAAUGUGACUUGUCUUUUGAUAAUCUGGGUAAAUCAAAGUGUAGCCUAGGCCUAUUUACAAUACAGAUUAAUGCAUAUUCAA